ACUUGAAGUUGCCUGGGCACCGAAGCUCUGAUAUCACGAGAUGAGGCACUGGGGCGUGUGGCUGGUGGUGGGCGUGUGGGCGGGGUGUGGGCUGGACGUGGUGGCAAUAGAAGCAGGCCAGAAGCCUAUGCACAUAAAUAAACCGUCUCACCACCAACACGUGAAGCAGCACCACCAUCACGUGCCUAAGCGACCUCAAGACACGCUUGGAAACCCUAAACUGCUGCAAGAUGACAACCUUCUUCACGAUAGGGAACAUCUGAAGGAGGAACUUCCUGCCUACAUGUCGCUAGACAAGAUUGAUCAGAUGUCUGACAAGGAAUUGGAUUUUCAUUACUUCAAGUUACACGACUUUGAUAACAACUACGGCCUGGAUGGUCUGGAGCUCCUGUCAGCCAUCAUCCACAUUGCCGGAGACACUGAUGGGGACGAGGACGAAGUGACCAUCGAUGACGAGAAGCUCAAAGGACUCAGCGAGCAGGAAAAGAAGAUACUACAGAACUUUCGUCAGCAGAAAUGGGAUGAGAAAUUUAAGUUUUAUAUUGAAUUGGUUGACGACGUACUGCAGGAGAACGACAACAACAAGGAUGGUUAUCUCUCGUGGGGCGAGUUCCGUCUGGCCAGAAAUCACAGGAGGUAACUUAGAUAAUACGUCUUCAAACCCAGUUUUCAAAAGUCAACUUGUGAUAAAAACGCUUAUAACACUAAGUAAUAAGUAAGAUUUGAUACAGCACUUAAACAAGUUAGGUUUUGGUACUGCAGUUACACCAGUAAGUUAAGCUUGAUAAAUUCGCUUACACCAAUAAAUGUUAUGUUUUGAAGAGAAUUUAUAAAUAUUUGAUGGUUUGCUAAAUAUAAAUAAAUAGAAUU